CAAAGACCCAUCACUCAAGCUAAAAUGGCAGACGCCAAACCUUCAUCUGCACCACAAGACUUAAUGGAGACUACUCUAACACGACUUGAGGAUAUCUUCAAGGAAGUUUGGCUGAAACUGAGUCACAGACAGGCAGAGAUGGGAGGGAGGAGUGGAAGUAUAGGCCCAUCGCACCACUUACCAAUCAGAGCUGAGUACCCUACAUCGUGUCCUGCACAGCAGAUCGAAUCUGCAAACAUGAGCCAGAAGAUCACAAAUAACAAGUCCUGA